AGUUAAGACUCGAGAGUAAUCUUUGCAGAACAGCCGCUGUCAAAUUAAUACCGAGUCCUCGAGAGACAUGUGGAAAGAGGACCACGGUUGCCAGAUUUUUGUAAAACUCCGCGAAAUGUAAAAACAAAAAUUGCUAUUUUAAAAAUUCCACGGAUAUAUGUAAGAGUACAUAUUUUUUCUUCAGUACUUAUUUUGUAAUUCUGAAAGGAGAUGUGUAUGAAAAACAUCGAAAAUUUGAUAGGAAGUCAAUUAUAUAUGAUGGAUAUUUUUCUGCGUGUAUGGCAACGGCGAAGGAUUCCUAGUUUUGUUCGACGUCACCGGAGUGGUCGGACUCGAGUUAGCUUUUGGAAGGUUCUGGUGAAAAUGGCCUUCCCAGUGUUCCCGGGUGAAGGGUUACCGGUUCACGGGCGUGAUCAAGGCUUCACGGAGGUAAUCAGCCAGCAGAUGCGUGUUCCUGACCGGCUCAGAGUUGGGUCGGGGCCGGCGGGUGAAGAAGCGCGCGGGAGCAAUGAUGAACCACAUCCUGCAUACAGUAUGCACGUCCCCGACAGGCUGUCGCUGAUAGAAGCUCCCGAUAUGAGCCCUCGGCCCAUGUUUUCCACUCCUGCCAAACACAGCUCCCAAACGCACACGGGGGCGCGGUGGGACAGUCCGCAUGCCUACAUUAGAGACUCCCUCCAGAGUCCUCUCCGUAGGUCUUACAGUGACCACGCUUUUGGCAGGAGCCCGCCUGCGACCCCCACCCUGUCCAAGCAGGUGCUGCACGCUCCCCCUCUCAAGAGUGGGGGACGCCCCCCCCAGCGCAGUGACCCCCCUCCUGCCCCCCCAGGACCGCCAGCCCUCCAGCCCAGCCUGCUGUCCCCAAAGAGCAUGCUCCAGGCAGCCAGAACUCUGGGGCAGCAGGCUUCCCACCACCUCCUGCAGACUGUCACUCAAAAGUACAGCUCCAGGUUCGGCAGUCCUGGGCUGCACCCCCCUCUCGCAGCUGAGGCCCCCCCGCACAUGGAGCCGAGCAGGAGAAGUGCUGUGGAGUUGUGGCUGAGUCCAGAGGAGGAGGGUGGAGGAGAUGUUGAAAUUAUGGUGCUGCGGAGACAGGUGCUGAAGAUGAGUCGGCGGUUGGCUGCUCUGGAGCGGCAGAACCUGGAGCACCGGCAGGCGGAGCUGCUGCUCUUCUCCCUGCUGGCGUCUGCGUGCCUGCUCAACGGCUGGCUGUGGCUGCGCAGAUAGACCUCCCCGUCUGCGCAGAUAACUGCCCCGUCUGCGCAGAUAGACCUCCCCGUCUGUGCCGAUAGACUGCCCCGUCUGCGCAGACUCAGCAUGCACUUCACCCCAGGGGGGUGUCUGUACCAGGCCACUGUUAGCGAUGCACUUACUUACACAUGGAAUGGUCCAAUGAAGGGGGGAAAUCGUUAGCUGGGGGCUGUGGCUGAUAUUUGGACUGGACUAUUACUGGAGAGAGGGGGGUACUGAGUUACUAAGGACUGUUUUUUUUUAAAAUGCACUGACCACCGUCCGCACACGAGUCUACAGCACCAACGCUACCAGGUCGAGCUCAUACUGACAGGUGAUCCAACAGCGGGCCAAGUCCCCG